AUGUCCAAGUACAUUCUAAAAUCAGAAGAACAUUCAUCUAAACUUUCUCAGAGCCAUGACCUGCAACAGGCCAAUGACAGGACAUUUUUCAUAGAUGCUGCUAAUCGGAACUUGAUUGCCAUCCCACCGGAGAUACUAGCUCUGAAAGACUUGGAAGAAGUCCAUUUGGAAAAUAAUCUGAUUGAAGAAAUCCCCAGGAAUAUCCAGCAUUUAAAGAAUGUCAAGAUCCUCUACCUGAACAAGAACAACCUGAAGUGCCUGUGCCCAGAGCUGGGAAGCCUGGGCACCCUGGAGGGCCUUGAUCUAAGCCACAACCCUCUCCUGGCCUCCUCCCUCCCAGUCAUCAGCUACCUGCACAAGCUGCGUGAGCUCCGACUCUACCACAUCAACCUGAAAGAGCUUCCCGCUGUCAUCUGUAAGAGACUGCACCAUCUGGAGCUGCUUGGACUGACUGGAAACCAGCUGGAGUCUCUACCCAAGGAAAUAGUGAAUCAUACCAAACUGAGGGAGAUCUACCUGAAGCAAAAUCAGUUUCAGGUUUUCCCGCAGGAACUCUGUGUUCUGUACAACCUGGAGAUCAUUGACCUGGAUGAGAAUAAACUCAGCACCAUCCCAGAAGAAAUCGGGAACCUGACAAGACUGUGCAAGUUCUUUGUGGCUUAUAACAACCUACCCGUUGUGCCAGAUUCGCUGGGCCAGUGCGGAAAGAUGUCAGUGCUCGAUGUUUCCCACAACCUCCUCCAGUCCAUCCCACAGACUCUGGAGCAGCUCACAGAGAUGACAGAACUUGGGUUGAGUGGAAACUACCUGGAGAAGGUGCCGCGUCUCAUCUGCAGGUGGACCUCGCUUCACCUGCUCUACCUGCAGGACACUGGCCUGCGGAGCUUGAGAAACUCCUUCAAGCGCCUGGUCAACCUACACUUCCUGGAUCUCAGCCAGAACCAUCUGGACCACUUUCCACCACAGAUCUGUAUGCUGAAGAACCUGGAAAUCCUAGCACUGGAUGACAAUAAAAUAGGACAGUUACCUUCAGCAUUGAGCUUACUCUCGAAACUAAAGAUUCUUGGACUCACAGGAAAUAAUUUCUCCUCCUUUCCAAAGGAAGUCUUCUCCUUGGUGUCGUUAGAGAAAUUAUACAUUGGACAGGACCAUGGAUCCAAGCUUACCUAUUUGCCAGAAAUGAUUGAGAAACUACAGAAUCUUAAAGAGCUGUAUAUAGAGAACAAUUACCUGGAAUGCCUGCCUGCAUCCUUGGGUUCAAUGCCUAACCUGGAAGUUCUUCUGUGCCAGCACAAUUUGCUUAGGAAACUCCCAGAUACCAUUUGCCAAGCACAAGCUUUGAAAGAACUAUGGCUGGAUGACAACUUGCUCACGCAUCUUCCAGAGAACUUGGAUUCUCUUGUGAAUCUUAAGGUUCUGUCUCUCAAGGACAAUCCAAUGGAAGAACCCCCCACAGACGUGUGUGCUAAAGGCACUGAGGCCAUAUGGGCCUACCUUAAGGAAAGCCGCAACAGAAAAAGAAUGGCAAUAAAGAUUCAGGCGUGGUGGCGUGGAACAAUGGUGCGGAAAGGCCUCGGGAGAUUUGGAGACCUAACAAAAACACGCAAGAAAGGCAAGACCUCUCCAAAAGAUAAGAAAGGGAAGAAGGAUGCAAAAGGAAAGCCUGAAAAGGGAAAUAAGAAGUGA